AUGUCUGGGGAAGAUCCCGUGAGCGAGCUGUUGACGCGGCCGCGAGACUGGCCGUACCAGGUGUACAACUGUUUCACACUGGUGUUGAGUUGUACGGUCUUGCUGUUUGUGUUGGCGAUUCACGAGAUGUCGCUGUACGCGUCGAUUUUGCCGCAUGCGUUCCAGAUGGUUACGCUGCGGAAGCGGCGAAUCUACUGCUUCGAGGUGGACAUCAGUUCAGGACCUGCGGCCCGGAAGGUUCGCAUGCAGUACCUCUGGCUGUUGCGGACGGCGGUGCUCGUAGUCGGCUGCUACCUGUGGCAAACUUGUGUGCUGUCUUACUGGGCGUUCGAUGCCCGCGAGGCGUCGGGGAAGCAGAGUCUGCUCGACGCAUGCGGCAACGACGGCGCAGACUGCUUCGGCUCCGCGCACAACUACGACUUCUUCUCAGUAAACGCGAGUCCCGCGAACCUCUGCGUCAAGUACGACUUGGCCGCGAUUCUCCGCCCAGAGAUCCAGGAGGAAAUCUACGCCAAGUACCGUUACGUAACCUGCAUCAACUUUGUGACGCCAAACACACUGGUGUACACGCAGCAUCUCGCCAUCGCGUACGCCCUCGCGAAGAUGAUCAUCACGCUGUUCGAGGUGCUCGUCUGGCUGCUCUACCGCAGUCGAUCGAGCAUCCUCCCGACCAUCGUCUUGGCCGUCGGCGUAAUCUUUCUCGCGGUCUGGAUUGGCAGCAUCUUCAUCCCGCGUCUCCUCUCCUUCUUCAGCUCCUGGAUCGGAUACGUCAUGCUCCUCUCCGUCCCGAUCGUCCUCUGGACUGCGCUGCUCGCCGCUCACUACCUCCGAAAAAUUCAACACCAAAAGUGGACGCUGUGGAAGAUACAGGCGAACAGGCCGAUGGCGAGGGCGGAGGACCCGGACAACGACAUUCGACUUUUGAGAUCCAAUUCGGUUCUCAUGGAGACAGAUUAUCGAGAGGACGGCACCGGGUCGCCGUCGCCGAGAGACCGGUCGCGUCGGAGUGGCUUGUCUCCUCGGCACAGCGGCGUCUCCCCUGUCGCAGUUCAAGCUUCGUCUGAGAACCUCCACAACCAAACUUCAGGCGCCGACGGGUGUGCGCCGAGCAGUGCAGGCUGGCGACCCUUCAGUGGCUCGCGGUUUGCCAUGCCCGCGCGGUACCAGCUCGCGAAGCGGUCGGAGACGUCCGAGACGGAGAAGCCUGGAAAGAAAGGCGAGAAGAGAGAGGCCAUGUUGAAGAUCGCCACUGCGUUCCUCAGGAACGAAGGCGGCGAGAAGGACGCUGCGAAGAAGGUGGAGUCUGCGAAACUCCUUGCGGGCGCCCAAGUCGAACUGGUGAAGAAACAGAGCUAG